ACGCAUUGUUCAACAAGUGUCGUCGCUAGGUCUCCUGCCAAAGAGAGAGAGAGAUAAACCGUAAACGUCUCAAAAGGAUAAAAGAUUUUUGAAAGCCACAGAAAAAAAAAAAACAUAAUUUGUUGUUUGAAUUUAAAGUGUUAAAGGAUUUUCGCAAGUGAAGUGUAAUAAGAAAAGCGAAAAAUUUUUAAAUUAUAAAAAGUCACAAAGGACUCGGAAAAUCGGAAACAGUUCAAAAGAGGUUUUAUUUUGUGAAAUUUUGCAAACAAAACACGCGUAAUAUGCAAACGGAUAUGUUGGCUUAUUAUUUCACGACAUUCAUCGUGUCCGCCGUAAUGGUGUGUCAGACAUGUGCAUUUGUAACGAAACCGAUGGCUGGCCAUGCACCUGUAGGAGGCUCAACGGCAUCGGGUUCACAUGCAACGGCAUCGGGCAGCGCUCUAAAGGACACAGCAGAUAUUUAUGCUCUGGCCAGAGCACAAUUUAUGGAUUCAGUUCCCAGUGGCAAAGUCUCGUUUAAGCCACACGAUUUGGAUGAAAUGCAGGAGAGAGCUGUUUAUGAUUCCGGUGAUGUUUUACUUCGCGCUCUCAAUGCUGACAUCGCUGCCAAUGGCCAUGAACUCGGCACUCAACCCAUGGAACCGGAUUAUGCUGAUACCGUGUACAAUGAACUUGAAUAUGCCAGCAAAUAUGAUAUGAUGCAAAAACUGCAACAGGAUAUACAGGAGGAGCAAGAUAUUGUUAGUAAAUCGGCAGUGUUGAUGAAACUUCUGGAAGAUCCCACAAUUGAAACACUACCAAUUGUCUAUGUGGAAGAGGAUGGUUCACUGGAUGAUAACAACAAUGAUAACAGUCUCGACUAUCAAACGAAUACAAAUGGCAUGACGAAACGGUCUCGUUACUACAGACGCUAUCCUUGGAAACGCCAUAAUAGAAAUCGCAGCACCUACGAACCGGAAUUACGUUACGCUUGCACCCCCACCAAGGAGGAUGUCUUCAAGCUGUUGGUAAAUCUGCACGAGAAUCGCAAUGGCAAAAAUGGCAAGACCAUCAACUUCUGUAAUCGCAAACGUCCGGCCAAGGCAAUUUUCACCAACAUCCGAUUUUUGGGUUAAAUUGUGGAAUAAGUACUGGUAGCGAAAAACAAGCAACAGAAAACGAUGAGAUUGAAAGCAAAGUGAAUCAAAUUAAGUGAAAAAUUUAAAUCAAUUAUUACAGACAGCCAACAAACAUAUUUAACAUAUUUAUAAAGAAACCACGUUAACACAAGGAAGAGAGAGAGAGAGUGAGAGGGAGCGUGAGAGUGGAAGAAUAUAAAUCGCAUAUACAUAUUAUACCAAUAAUAGUGGUAAAUAUAUCAUAUCUAUAUAAUAUAUAAUUAAAAAUAAUAAACAAGAGAUCCUUAAAAAAGUCCUAUGUGCAGCUAAUACAAGAAAUGUGUUAAUUGUAAAUUUAAUAGACUUAUAUUUAUAAAAAUUGCAUUAUAUGUGGUUACUUGAUGUGAAAUUGGGCAAAUUACGAGCAUAAAAUUAAUUUUCAAAUUUUUAGUUUUUGUGUACUGAUAUUUGAGAGUAGUUCAUUUAUGAGCAAAGAGCAAAGAGGAAGGGGGAUAAUGGGCCACCGAUAAUAGACCCACCCUUUCUGGAACCUCUCCCACAAAACUCCAAGUUUUCAAAAUUAAUUACAAAAAAAAAAAAAACAACAACAAUUAAUAAUGGCAAUAUUAGUAUUUUCUCGAAGGAUCUGAAAAUAAACAUCCCCUAGCUAUUUUUAUUUUGGAGACAUAUUCCCAGAGAUAUGGGUAUUUUUAAAUCAGAAGUUGGAAAGCUUAAGAGAAACAUUUCUAAAUUUUCUCACUUAUGACCUAAAGUAAAUUCUUAAUUCAUCAAUUUUUUUGUCGACUUCCUGUGAUUAUGUGAUUUUUUAGCCUUUCAACAAUAUGAUUUUAUUUCCCUGCUAUUUUGUAUUUCCCUGCUAUCUUUAUAUCUCAAACCUUCAAGAUAUAUGCUGUAGAUUCUAUUAAAAAUUGUAAGAGAAAUACAAGGCAAAGGAGUUGGGAAUAAUAUACAAUUUUAUAACAUGGCACUGAGGUUAGUGUCCAUCAAAACCCCAAUAUCCUAUGUAUUUCCCUGAUAUACAAAAAUUAGGGAAGGUAUUUUUCCAUUUCAAAGAUUUUACAUCAGAUAUCCCAAAAAUGCAAUUUGAAAAAUUGUAAAUAAAAAAAAUAUUUAUCAAUAUUUAACUAAAAACAAUUAUAGAGGUAUAAUCCGCAUCAUCAGGAAAACACCUGAAAACCUAUAAAAUCCACCCAAGAAUACAAUCUUCCAAAUAAAAAUCAAACUUAAAAAUACACACACAAUUCCUAAUAAUAUUUGUCUUCUUAAUGUUUGCAUUCCAAAAAUAAUAUCACAGUAAAAAAAAUAAAUCAAUUAGUCUAUACCACACCAAAAAAUAAAUAAAUAAAAUAAAAAAGUAAAACAAAGAACACUACUAGAUUCCCCUUGUGUAUGCACUAAAAGUCAUAUCAAUUAAAUUUAAUUUUAAUUUUUAAAUGUUAUGAGAAAUUGUUGCAAACAAAUACAUUAAUAAAUAUGUAACUUUUGAUCGCUCUUAGAAUAGUAAUAAUAAUAAUAUUGGCCCCUGAAAUAAACUAUAUAGUUGCAUUUGUAUUAAAAUAAUUUAAAUGUUUUAUUAUUUCAUUUAUGAAGGCAUAUUGUGUACAUACAAGUAUAAUUAUUCCAUAUUUAUAUUUUAUUAACAAAAAAUGUUUUCAAUUAAAGAAUAUAUAUAUUAUUAAAAUUUACAUACAUACAUAUAUAUACAAGAAUUAUACAGAGAAUAAAAAUAUAUAUAUACACAGCCAUACACAUAUAUGUAAAUCAUUCUAUGUAUGAAAAUUAUAUAAAUAAAAUAUGUGAAAAAAACAUUAAUUAAUGUCAUUGCUCAUGUAUGCGUUUAGAGAAUAUAAAGUGUAACAUUGUAAAUUGUAGGUUUACA